AUGGCGCAGUUCCAGAGCUGGCUGCAUAUCUUUUAUCAGCGGCUGUUUCCGUUCACGGACUUUUAUCGGUGGUUGGCUUAUGGCGAGAUGUCAAAAGGCUACUUUGCAAACCGCGAAUGGAGUUUCACCCUCGCCUCUGACGUCUACAUCCGUUUCCAGUCGUACAAAACGGCUGACGAGCUCAAAUCUGAGAUUCUCCGACUGUGUCCCGUGAAGAUCGAUAUCGGCGCUGUGUACAAUAUCGCGCCCAAGGAUAAGAAGACGGUGGGACCGUCGGCGUUCCGACCACGGGAGAGGGAGCUGGUGUUUGAUAUCGACAUGACGGAUUACGAUGAUAUCAGGACAUGCUGCAGCGGCGCCGAAAUCUGCCUAAAAUGCUGGGACUUCAUGACCAUCUCCAUCAAAAUCCUGCAUCGCGCACUCACCGAGGACUUUGGCUUCAAACACCUCCUCUGGGUCUACAGCGGCCGUCGCGGCGUGCACUGCUGGGUCGCCGACGAACGCGCCCGAUCCAUGUCCCCCGAAGCUCGCUCCGCCGUCGUGGCGUACCUCGAGGUCGUCAAAGGUGGAUAUCAUCAGAGGGGACAAGGGGAUGAGGAUCCGAUGGAUGAGAGGAAUUUUCAUCCGAGUCUUGUACGGGCGUAUGCGGUUCUCAAGAAACAUUUCGCGAAAACGAUUUUGCUGAAUAUGGACGUGCUUGGGAGUCGCGAGCAUUGGAUGAAGCUGUUGCAGCUUGUGCCCGAUCACGAAAUGAGAACGCGACUAGACAAGGAAUGGACAGACGAAACCCCCGACAGCGACUCCGGAACGACCUCAGAGGAGCGGUGGAAUCGGAUCGUGGGCGAGUUGCGGGGCAAGAAGGGCGCAGCAUUCGAAACGGCCGACCGCGCAAUCAUCUUCCGAUACACGUACCCGCGCCUCGACGCCAACGUCUCCAUUGGGUUGAAUCAUCUGCUGAAGGCCCCGUUUUGCGUGCAUCCGAAGACUGGAAGGGUAUGCGUCCCAAUCGACCCAACGCAAUGCGACACCUUCAACCCGCUCACGGUCCCCACCAUCCAAUCCCUGCUCGACGAGUUGAACGCGUGGAGCGCCAAAAACAACAAUCCCUCCUAUAUCGAAGCCGAGAAUUACCAGAAAACAUCGCUGGAACCGUAUGUGAAGUAUUUUAGGCAGGGGUUCUUGGACCCGAUGGCUAGUGAAGUUAGGCAGAGGAUGCGGGAGAGGGUUGAUAUGUCUUUUUGA